GCCAACGUAUCCCCCUUAACUGGGCCUCUCCACCCAUCAUUAUAAAAAGUGUACAAGAGCUCCGGGUAAACUAAUGGCGUUCUGAUGGACAGAUGAGCACGUAGGCUAUUCUUUUUCGGAUACAUGUUCUUCGUGUUUUGUAGCUGAAAUUGGUUUAUUUGUAUACAAGGAUACCACAACAAUUCAGUAUGAAGAUGGGACUACAUUGCCUCGUGUCUCCAAGUGGAAUACUUUGGGUGGCAUCUUUUAUUGUGAGAUUUUGCGGCAGCCAUGGCGAUCUCAGUUAUUUCCUACCAGAGGAGAUGCAACGAGGAGCGGUGAUCGGAAAUAUCGCGAAGGAUCUUGGACUAGAUGUAAAAGGAAUAUCACAGCGCAAUGCACGAAUUGAUACGAAGGGUAGUCGCAAACGGUUUUGUGAAAUAAAUGGCCAGACGGGAGAUUUAGUUAUCGCAGAAAUUAUUGAUAGAGAAGAAUUGUGUGGUUCGAAGGCUUCCUGUCCUUUAAAAUACGAAUUAGUCUUAGAGAAUCCACUUGAACUUCAUCGGAUUUUACUGCAAAUUCAAGACGUAAAUGACAACUCACCUCGGUUUCCCAACCCUGAAAUCAAUCUGGAGAUCCGAGAAUCCGCUGUUAAAGGCGCACGCUUUCCACUGGAUGAGGCGCACGACUCUGAUGUUGGAAUAAACGGAAUUCAGACGUAUUUACUCGAGAAGAAUGAGCAUUUUAUUCUAGCUGUGCAUUCUAAUCCAGAUGGAGGGAAAUAUAGUGAGUUAGUUUUAGACAAAGAGCUCGAUCGUGAACAGCAGCAUGAGCUGUCAUUGUUGUUUACUGCAGUAGACGGCGGUACUCCGCGGAGAUCAGGUACUGCUGUCAUACACGUCACUGUCUUAGAUGCCAACGACAAUCUACCGGUGUUUAGUCAGCCAGUGUAUCAGGUCAGUUUACCAGAAAAUUCGGUUUUCGGUACGGUGGUUGUUACUGUAAGCGCCACAGAUGCAGAUGAAGGCGCAAACGGAGAGGUUACUUAUGAAUUCAGUCGCAUAUCUGAUAAAGCAGCCAGACUGUUCUCUAUUGACAAAGUAACUGGAGAAAUCAAGGUGACUGGACCAAUAGACUUUGAGGAGAAAAGUGAUUAUGAGCUCAGAGUUCAGGCUAAGGAUGGUUCUGGUUUAGCUUCAAAUGCUAAAGUUAUUAUAGAUGUCACUGACGUAAAUGACAAUGCACCUAUAAUUAAUGUUAAAUCAUUGAAAAAUCCAGUUCCUGAAAAUGCUGUACCUGGUACAGAGGUGGGCAUUAUUAAUGUACAAGAUGAAGAUUCAGAGGGAAACCGCCAGUUGCGUUGCACUAUUCAGCAAAAUGUACCCUUUAAGUUAAAUCCAUCUAUUGAGAACUACUAUUCCCUUGUCACGACAGAUGACUUAGACCGUGAACAGAUCACAGCUUACAAUAUAACGCUUAUAGCCACUGAUGAUGGCAAUCCACCACUGUCAUCCUCUAAGAUUAUUCAACUCUCUGUGUCUGAUGUAAACGAUAAUCCCCCUGUAUUUGAGGAGCAAUCCUACAGCGCAUACGUAGCUGAGAACAACAAGCCUGGCUCCUCUGUCUGCUCUGUUACUGCGAGAGACCCAGACUGGAGACAGAAUGGCACAGUGUUCUACUCUCUGUUGCCCAGUGAGGUCAAUGGUGUUCCGGUCUCCUCAUAUGUAUCCAUUAAUGGAGACACAGGGGUGAUCCAUGCUGUGAGGCCCUUUGACUACGAGCAGUUCAGAAGCUUCAAAGUUCAGGUUGUAGCCAGAGACAAUGGUUCUCCUCCACUCAGCAGCAACGUGACUGUGAGUGUGUUCAUAACAGAUGAGAAUGAUAACUCUCCUCAGAUAUUGUAUCCUACUCCAGAAGGAAACUCCUUCAUGACUGAGAUGGUUCCUAAAGCUGCUCUUUCUGGCUCGCUGGUGUCCAAAGUGAUCGCUGUUGAUGCUGACUCUGGACAGAACGCGUGGCUGUCGUAUCAGAUCGUGAAGUCGACUGAUCCGGGACUUUUCACUAUUGGUCUCCACAGUGGAGAGAUCAGGGCUCAGAGGGACAUUUCUGAAUCUGACAGCAUGAAGCAGAACCUUGUGAUCUCAGUGAAAGAUAACGGACAGCCCUCUCUCUCUACAACCUGUGCGGUGUAUUUACUCAUCUCUGAUAACUUGGCUGAAGUUCCUGAACUGAAAGACAUGUCUUAUGAGGAGAGCAAUUCUAAACUCACAUCUUAUCUGAUCAUUGCUCUGGUGUCUGUUUCCACAUUCUUCCUCACUUUUAUUAUCCUGAUCAUUGCUGUGAGGUUGUGCCACAGGAGAAAGCCCAGACUGUUGUUUGAUGGAGCAGUAGCCAUUCCCAGUGCAUAUUUACCUCCCAACUAUGCAGAUGUUGAUGGAACUGGAACUCUACGUAGUGCUUACAACUAUGACGCCUAUAUGACCACAGGGUCACGUACCAGUGACUUCAAGUUUGUUACGUCCUACAAUGACAACACUCUGCCUUCUGGCACCACUCUGAAGAGGAGUCCAGGAGACAACAGUGACUGCCUUGACUUUUUUGAGGAGGCAUCAAAGUGCUCAACUCUGCAAAAACCACCCAACAAUGACUGGCGCCUUCCACCGAACCAGCGACCUGGACCCAGCGGAGCGGGCCCCCUCCCUGAGGGAGCAGGUGUGGUUGCCGGCACUGGACCUUGGCCACAACCCCCCACCGAGGCGGAGCAGCUCCAAGCUCUCAUGGCCGGAGCCAACGCGGUGAAUGAAGCCACGGCCACCAUGGGCCCGCGCUACAACGCCCAGUACGUGCCCGACUAUCGCCAGAACGUCUACAUCCCCGGCAGCACCGCCACCCUGACGGCCAACCCGCAGCAGCAGCAGCAGCAGCAGCAGCAGCUCCAACAGCAGCAGCUCCAGCAGCAGCUCCAGCAGGCACUGCCCCCGCCCGCCGCCAUGCCCCCCGUCGACGUGCCCAAGGCCGCCCAGACCCCCGCCAGCAAGAAGAAGUCCACCAAGAAGGACAAGAAGUAAGCCGAUGGCGCGCGGUGUUUUGGAGGCAGCGGCUACACAGCCCAAAACAUGAGCUGAUAUGUCUCUCUUAUCUACUCCUGAUGGUGUGUUAGCUUCCUGCUUUUUUUUGGUUUUGUUUUGUUUUGUUCUUCUUUCACGGUUUUGUUUGAGAUUUUAAAAAAACAAACAAACAAAAAAAGCUACAGAAAAAGAGAACCUCAAGCACUGAGGUUGUAGUAUUUUGCUGUACUUUGUUUAGAGAUAUUUUUUUUUGUCCUUUUUUAUUUGUCCUUUUUCUGUCCUUAUUUAGUCGUAUGUAUACAGUCUAUCUUGCUCCUUGGUCUUGACUUCAUAUUUUGAACGGCAAUUUCAAUCUUCAGUUAAGGUGAGGGUUGCAUGUGAUAGGGGAGAUGUAUUCACAUGCUAUUUCAAGACCUGUAGUUCAAAACAGGGACGUGUAUCCCUAUUGUGUAAGAUAAUAUUACUGAGUGAGGUUAAAAAAAAAGAAGAAAAGAAAGACUAAAGAAGAACGAUUACAGGUCAUUUGUCAUGUAAAGGCUUUUAAUGUUCCUUUCUAAAUGAAAAAUAGAUGCUUCUUGUGGUGACAAGAAUGACAAUGUUUUGUUAGACUUCUUACUCUAAGAGGAUGUGCCAUAGCUCGAGACAAUUGCAUGAUCCAAGAUAACCUAAGGAAUUAGACCCAUUAAGACUAUGCAGUGAAGCAGAGAUUUUUUUUUUUUUUUUUUUUUUUUAUGAACCUGAAUUGAUACGAUCUAAAUUUGAGCUUGUUACACGAAUGGCAAGAGCCACCUUCAGUGUUUGAGUCAUAUACAAGAACCAGACCAAACUCAUGUUUAUAAGAUUAUUUUAAACAAACAUAGAUUUUAGUAUGACAAGAAGAGAUAAAUGUGAAGUCUGCACUGUUCCACUUGUACUUAGACUUCAGCCCAAAGGUUUCUCUCUCUCUCUCUGUAUUUACUGUUCUAACCUUAUGAACGCGCAUCACACCAAGUAUUGUAUGAACCUUGGAUUAGAGUCGGCUUGAUAUUGAAUGGAUUUUUUUGUUACCUAUCUUACCAUUUGAUUAGUGUUACGCCAUAUUGGCCCAAUCAAACAGGGCCUGUUGUAUGUGGUAGCGAUGGUCCAAUUGACAGAGCUCUACUAUCCUGAAGUGCUUGUGAAGGAAUUCUAUAUGAAGUUGUUAGGGAAUUAGGAUUAGAAGGACUGGGUAAAGGAGGCAGGGGUUUUGGGGAAGUGGAUACUAAAUGGUGGGUGAACUGGAUAGAGAGAGAAGACUCUCGUAGCACUGACAAGAGACACGGAAAACGCCAGAUCUGGAGUUGUUGAGGGAAAAAAGGAACAUUGGAAGGGUACUGAACAUGUAGACAGAGAAAAUAAAACAAAAACACCAGACUAGCGCACAAGGGAUUGAUGGUUUCCUUUCGCCGCAGAGGAAAGUGUUUCAGCUACGCGUCAACCACUACAACAACACUUGCAUAACCCUGAGUAACAGCGUGGUUACUUGCACUGUAAUAAGAGCACACACAGGCUUUUGGUCACACUUACACUUAUGGCAAUACCUGCCACACAGGUAGCAGUUGGGCCACCAACAGACUACACACACAAAAAAACGAUGGCUGACCACUCUGACCUAGUGGGGUUUUUUUUUUGUAACGUUAGACUUGCCCAGAAUGUUUGACACCUGCCUUUUACUCCACUACCCCAAGAGCACCCACCACUCUACCCUAAUGUAUAUAAACAACACAUAGCCGGUCCGUAUGAGCUUCAUCAGAGCCAGCAGGUUGGCAUCUACUGGAAUGUUUAGACUAUUUUUAAGAAAAACAAAGUAAAAAAAAAAAAAAAGAUGAAAAAAAACUGUUUAACCUCUUCAGAUUAUGUGUAGUGCUAUAGAAUGCGCAUUUAGGCCACAGACUAACCAACCUGUAAAUAAUCAAAUUGAAAAACUCUCGCAAAAGACACGCAGUUGUAGGCUUGAGGCUCGUAAAAUAUUGUGCAUAUUUUUGUGUUUUUUCCUCUCUAUCGCGUUCGCUCUUUGUCCUUCUCUGAUUUUCUUCUUUUUUGAUCACGGAGACUUUGAAGAAUAACACAGCGCACUAAAAUGUCUUUGAGGUGUUUCCUCAUUCCUGUGUACUCUUUUCUGUGUUUGUAAUUUCAAUCAAUCGUUAGUGUUGCUGGAAUGCCAUCCCUGUCCAAAUGAAUAUAAAUAUAUAUUAAUGUGUGUCUUCUGCUGGAAUACUUAAUAUACUGUAAUAUCUUUCAUAUUAAAUGCUUAGAGCUUCAUGUUACACGUUUAUUUUAUAUGCUAAUAUUUAUAUUGCUGUUUAUUUGUUUAUGUUUUUCUUUAUUCCCUGAACACUGACAUUUCAAAAUAAAAGUUCAUCGGAGC